AUGCACAUGGCCACAGGUAUCACCAAGGAGAUCUUCCCCAUGGUCCUGACCUCGGCCACUCAGGAAAUGUUUGUUUGCCGGGCUGAUGAGGACGUCACAGGGGACAGCCCCUACAAGCUGCUGAGAAAAGACGACAUCGUACAAGACAUGAAGACAAGGGCAGCAGUGUCCGAUUUCAGUCCUGUGAAGCAAAUUGUGCUUAACUAUCCAGAAGAAGAGAUUCUGUUGGUAUUUGACAAGGACUUCACCUAUGGACAGAAUUUCUACCUGGUUCUGACACCAGAGGCCAAGGAGAGAAUCCUCAUCCCUGUACUGCCGGAGGCUGAGAAGGAAGUGGCUGUUGAGGGUGAGACAUCUGAGGUGUUUGUCCAGAAGUCUCCAGAGCCUCAGCCGUGGACAUCCCUUGGCAGUGAGCAGGAGAUACAAGAUGAAUCUGUCCAAGAGUCUCGAGAAAGGCUUAGGUGUAAGAUCUCCAUGGCGCGAAGGGAGUUCGGGGCACCGGUUUGUUUUACAUGUCGGAAUGCAGCAGAAGCAAAGGAUGGCAGUGCAGUGUGCUUUCCAUAUCAAGAUCACAGUUUCAGCAUAAAGUUGAUGGAGAGGCACUGCGGGGUGCAAGCCAUUUCCAAAACCCAAACCUCCAGCACUCAGACACAAUGGAAAUACCCCAAAAAUAUGUGCACACAAUGCGAGCCACGUGAGUUUCCAGAUGAAGAAAGAGAAAACAUCCUCCAAUCUGAGAGUCUGAAAAAUUUCAUCAACUCAGUGGCCCCCAGGAUAGAAUUAGCUCUCCAGCAGAACGAGAUUAUGGACGUGUUCUUUGACGACUGGAAGGCCCUGGGUGGGGACGACAGUUUUGAGGGGAAGACUGACACUCUCCUGAGGGAACAUCAGUCCUUCACAGACCUGCGCUACAGCAAGGGCAAGGCCAUCAGCGACAUCAGCUGGCAUCCUACUAUCACCGGUGUGAUAGCAGUGGCCAUGAUAAAAACAGUGUCUUUUGAGGAGAGAUUCGGUGGUUCUUCUACGUUUCUCCACAACUCCUCCCUUAUUCUCUUCUGGAGCUUCUCUGAUCCGUUCAACCCACAGUUACUGCUGGAGUGCCCAGAUAACGUUCUGACCUUUGCGUUCUGCCCGUCCGAUCCAAAUAUUAUUGUUGGCGGCUGCAUGAAUGGCCAGGUUGUGUUGUGGGACAUUUCGGCUCAUGCUGAGCGUUUGCAGGAAUCACAGCCCGGUGGUGGAAAAAACACUAGUGUCAACAACACUGACGCAUCUGACUUUGAAGAGAAGAAGAAGAAUGAGACCCCUGUGGUGCGCUACUGUGCUGUCUCGGCCAUAGAGAGUAGCCACAAAGCACCAAUUACUGAUGUCCAGUGGCUGCCGGAAACCUUUGAGGUGACCAAGACGGGCAUACCGGUGGAGAACGAGAAUAAUAUAUGUGUUCAGAUUGUCACCUGCGCACUUGACUGCUGUCUAAUGAUCUGGGACAUCCGGGCUCCGAGGAUGGUGACCCAGUUGCUGAUGGACAGCAUGCAGAGGAUGAGAGAGGAACCCCUGGAGAAGCCCCAUACUGUCCCCAGCACUUUCAGACACCUUAACCUGACGUGGAAACCACUGGUCAGGGUUUCCCUGCCAAAAAUGGAUACUCGCGGCGAAUACAGCGCUACAAAAUUCAGCCUCGAAGCCAACACCUGUGACAGCCAUACAGAUAGCGAUGCAGACAGAGCCCACCAGUAUGUCAAUAGUUCAGAGGUCAACCCAGAAUAUGACCUUCUCCGGGUACCCUCAGCAAAGACUCUCAAACCUCUGGAGGAAAUCAACACCAAGCUCUAUGUUGGAACUGAGGAUGGAGAUCUUGUUUACACUGACUGGAGGCUGGAGAAAGACAGUGACUCUGGGAGGCUUUACAGUGCCAAGCCUUCCCAUUGUUUCAGCAUUCACAGUGGGGUGGUUACAACAGUACAACGGUCACCCUUCUUUAAAGACAUUAUUCUGACGGUGGGGGGCUGGACCUUUGCCAUCUGGAGGGAAGGAGUCAUGGCUGGCCCCAUUAUGCAGUCAGCAAACUCUGAGAAGAUGUGCACCGUGGGAUAUUGGUCCCAGUCCCGGCCAGCGGUGUUUUUCAUUGGGAAGGCAGAUGGCAACAUUGAAAUUUGGAAUCUGCUGGAAAAAACCUAUGAACCUUCACAGGUCCAGAACAUCACUACCAACAAGAUCACGCACAUCAAGCCCUGUGUUGUCUCACCCAAGCAGCAUUUCCUGGCAGUGUCUGAUGAACAUGGAAGGACUCACAUCCUCCGGGUCCCGUGGAUACUCCACAGUCCCUCUGGUAAUGAGAAGCUGAAAAUGAGGGAGUACUUUGACAGAGGAGUGGAAAGGCUGGUGUAUUUUGAGAAGAGGAGGGAGAAGAGGAUGGAGGAGAAGAAAAAUGCUGAGGCAGAAGAACUCAGGAAGAAAAUGGAACCCAUCAAGACAGUGAAAUCCAUGGCCGAGACUGAGGAGGAGGAUGCGAAGGAAUACGAAGACUACUUAUCACUUACUGAGGUCAUCCUCAAGGGCGUAGGUCUGCUGCUAGAUCCUGAGGACAACACCCUGAAAAACUGA